AGAAAUGUUUAAUGGCACCGUGAUUACCCAUAUGGCCAUGCGUUCAGAAUUUCGCCGGCGCUGAAGCGCCGAUUAAAUGCGCAGGCGUCAGGCUGAGGCCGUCCCUGAGUUUCACGCAUGCGCGCAGUGCACAGAAGGAUUUGAAAAUGUCGGUUGCAGGUUAAAAAUGAGAAGGAAUUCGUCUUCAGGAAGCUCAAACACGGCACAACAGUUUUGUUGUCUCUGCCUAGAUAUUUAAGAAGUGGAGCAAGGGAUCCAAUUGACCACCCUUCCUGCUCAGACUGUGGGGAGGGAUCCUCUCGGUCAUUUGACCAACUGGCACGCCUGUAAUUUACACAGGAGAAAGGCCUUUCACCUGCUCAGACAGUGGGAAUGGAUUCACCCGGUCAUCGCAACUGAAGGUACAUCAGCAAGUUCACACUGGACAAGGCCAUUCACCUGUUCUGUGUGUGAGAAGGGAUUCAGUCGGUCUUCCCACCUGUGGACACACCAAUCAGUUCACACCACACCGGGCAGAGGCUGGUCAACUGCUGAAUUUCUGGGAAAAGGAUUCACUCAGUUAUCUGACCUGAUGGCUCACCAGCGAGUUCACACUGGGGAGAAGCCGUUCACCUGCUCAGAGUGCGGGAAAGGAUUUACACAGUCAUCUACCCUACUGGUACAUCAGCGAGUUCACACUGGAGAGAAGCCGUUCACCUGCUCAGUCUGUGAGAAGGGAUUCACUCAUUUAGCUACCCUACAGAGACACCAGCGAGUUCGCCCGGCGGAGAAGCCAUUCACCUGUUCAGAAUGUGGGAAGAGAUUUACUCAGUCAUCCCACCUACAGAGUCAUCAGCGAGUUCACACUGGGGAGAAGCCGUUCACCUGCUCAGUCUGUGAGAAGGGAUUCACUCAGUUAGCUACCCUACAGAGACACCAGCGAGUUCACACUGGGGAGAAGCUGUUCACCUGCUCAGUCUGUGAGAAGGGAUUCACUCAGUUAACUACCCUACAGAGUCACCAGCGAGUUCACACUGGGGAGAAGCCGUUCACCUGUUCAGAAUGUGGGAAGAGAUUUAAUCAGUCAUCUAACCUACUGGUACACCAGCGAGUUCACACUGGGGAGAAGCCGUUCACCUGCUCAGAGUGUGGGAAAGGAUUUACACAGUCAUCUGCCCUACUGGUACAUCAGCGAGUUCACACUGGGGAGAAGCCGUUCACCUGUUCAGUCUGUGAGAAGGGAUUCACUCAGUUAGCUACCCUACUGAAACACCAGCGAGUUCACACUGGGGAGAAGCCGUUCACCUGCUCAGUCUGUGGGAAGGGAUUCUCUGACUCUUCCACCCUUCUGAUUCAUCAGCGAGUUCACACUGGGGAGAGGCCGUUCAGCUGCUCCGAAUGUGGGAAGGGAUUCACUCAGUCAUCCCACCUACGGAGUCACCAGCGAGUUCACUCCGAGGCGAAGCCAUUCACCUGCUCAAUUUGUGGAAAGGGAUUCACUCAGUCAUCUACCCUGCUGGUACAUCAGCAAGUUCACACUGGGGAGAAGCCGUUCACCUGCUCAGUCUGA